AGCUGCUCACCGUACGCGGAUUUUAACCGCGAGGCUGGUUGAGGCUAGUAUAAUAGAGACAAUAGUUAAAGAAAAGGAUUUGCUCCCGUCAUAACAUUUCGUGUUCUCGUGAACCUUUUCUGUGCCGGAAACAUUGUGCGAGCGACAUUCGCUGCUGGCUGCCAUCUUGGGCCGUGCUGUGGUGCUCCGCUUUCAACGCCAGCACCUGACAUGAUGUUCGGCCGCGGGCGGACGGUUAAUGCGUCGCCUACAGCGUGCCUACACCGCUCGCCGAACUGUUUGUCCCAUCAGAGGCCUGCUGUCGGCGUCCUACGUCUGUAAACGCUAUUAAGACCCCUAAACCUCGUGAGCAGGUGUUAAAGGCAACCGCCGCCGCUGUUCAGAUGCAAGGCACCCAUGAAGUCACGCUCCUCGCAUGCUGAAUCGCCGUAGGCCCGUGCCCGUUAACCCAUCUAAUGGACUAAUAUUCUGCCUUCGCGCUCUUCUUUAGCUGCGGCAUCGAAAUUCGGGAGGCGUCAUCGGCGUCGUUUCAAAGAGCGUGGUGACCAGAAACGGACACCCCCUUCUCUCCCGAGGAACGACCAGCAACACGGCUGCUCAGUGCGUGCGUUAGUGUUUGUGAACUGCUUUUUCGAUUGCGCACGUUUCUUCGUUUUCUUCGUUCGUUCGAGUAUGAACGGCUAGUUUGUAGGCCUAAACUACAAAUAGAAAAAGAAACUGCGCAAGGAAGUGUCAGAAGAGAGAAGCUUGGCGGUGUGUUUUCUGUCGCCCGAGAGGACUUCUCCCAACGCAUCGUCGGCCGACUCUGUAUUCGGAACUCGGUAACUAGAAGAAACAAAAAAUGUGUUAGUGAACUUGUGGUGAGAAAGCUGUCAUCGCUGCCAAAGAUUCGUUAAGAGGAAAACACAUCUUGGGGUUCGCUGGCGAAGUGGCCUGCGGGUCUGACUCUUCCGUGCUAGGUCGAGAGCGCGCUUGACUCUGCGUCUCGUAUAAUGCAGCGGAGCAGCCUUUGGCUGAAAAAAAUUCGAGACACCGACCCGACAUCUCGCCUGCUGCUGCUGCUUGCUUGAGGAACUCCUCUUAUCCCGACAGGUACUACGGAAGCAACAGAUUCCGAACCCAGCAGGCUGUCACCAUGUUUUGGAAGUUCAACCUCAUUACCACAUCCCAUGUGGAAACGCUGCUCAGCAAAGAGAAUGUGACGCUGAGGGAGCUGAUGGAUGAGGAAGACAUUCUGCAGGAAUGCAAGGCACAAACCAAACGACUCGUAGAAUUCCUGGUGAGACCAGAAGUCAUGGAGGAGCUUGUAGACCUGAUCACUCAUGAGCCUCCAGAGGACGUAGAUGAAAAGAUGCGAUACAGGUACGCAAACAUAGCUUGUGAGAUCUUGACGUCGGACGUGCAGCAGAUCAACGACACAUUAGUUAGGAGCGAGACACUGAUGGCCAGACUGCUUGGCUUUCUCGACAACGAGGCGCCGCUCAAUCCACUGCUGGCCAGCUUCUUCACCAAGGUGGCUUCAAUGCUCAUCUCACGAAAGGCAGACUCGAUGUUCUAUGUGUGCAUGCAGAAGGAAAACUUUGUUUCCUUGCUGCUAAAGCACAUAGAGACGUCGGCCAUCAUGGACUUGCUCCUAAAGUUUGUCGCCUGCACAGAUAGCGAAGCGCUUCGGGUUUCCAUCACGCAGUGGCUGGACAAGGAAAAAUUGGUGCAGCAGCUGGUCGCACUGAUCGACCCUGGCUGCUCCGAGGAGAAGCAGAGCAACGCCGCAGAGGCGCUGUGCGAGAUGAUCAAGUUGAGCCGUGAGCAAAUGUCGUUGCUACAAGAGAAGGCACCAGCUGACCCCCUUUUGGAGUCGCUUGAGUCGACGGAGUCUGUGGCUGCGCUCCUGGAGCAUAUGUUCUCUGGGGACGAAAUGUCCGAGUCGGUCUUUGUCAAUGGCAUCUCCGUCCUGCUGUCAUUGCUGGAAUUCCGGAAGCAAGGGCUGGCUGGUCAGCAGCAACAGCAGCAGCAGCAGCAGAACAGCAAUAACGCUGAUGGCCCCAAUGGCGGAGGGCUCGGAGGAGGCAGUGGUCCCGGCAUGAUGCAGUCCGAGACGGCUGUCUUCACUUCCCUCUUCUUCCGCGAGAAUGCGGAGCAGAUGACGGCGCUCGACGUGGAGCGGCUUCGGGUGGGCGUCGAAAAGGUGCUAGCCGCGGUGCUGCCACGCCUGAGCGACUUCCUCAAGCUGCUCAUGGACCCACCCCAGAAACUAUGCUGGACGACAACGUUUGGUGUACUGGACCCUCCUCUGGGACAGACACGCCUUGAAGUCUGCCAUCUGGUGAAUGCCCUCAUAAACUCCAACAACGAAGAUGUGAACAAAAAACUGGCGGAACUGGGAGCCCUGCCUACAAUCCUGGACCUGUUCUUUGAGUACUCGUGGAACAACUUCCUGCACACGCAAGUGGCGCAGUUGGUGAGCUCGGUGAUUAGUUCGGCGCACUCGCUCGACCAGGAGGGCAACAAGGUGCACCCGUUGCUGGACCAGCUGCUGGGAAGCUGCACGCUGGUGCAGAGGUGCCUGGACGCCUGGGACGCCAACACCGUGGAACAAUCUCAACCCGGAAAACACCGGCGCGGUUACAUGGGCCACCUUACGAAAAUCGUCAAUGACAUCGUAGCCGCAGCGGACGGUGGGAACAACUCUGAAAUUGUGCGAGAGCGGUUAAAAGACCUUCCAGAGGACAUGCAGGGACGCUGGAAGACGUUUACUACGGAGACGCUUGCAGAAAUAAACAAGAAAAACACCGUAAUUUUGGGUGGCGGAAUGCCCAACGUAUCCAGCACCGACGAUGACGAGUGCAUCGAUCUUCGGGAUGUCGGCUUCCACCAAGAGGCGGCGCUUCAGCAGGUUUUCCCAAGGUCUGUACAGCAGGCCUUUUCUGAUUACCAGAUGGAGCAGGUGACAAGCAACUUCGUCGAGCAAUUUGGCUUCAACGAUGACGAGUUUGUCGAGGCGGACGAAAACCUUGUUGGUCAGCUUGACCAGCUGGCAAGGGCAAACUUUCAGCUCCCGCCUGAGGUUAACAUGCAGAGUCAGGCUGAGCUCUUUGAACGCAUCUGCCGGGAAAAGGUUCAGACAUUGGACGACGCGGACAGCGACGACGACAUCUGGGAUGACAAGGAGGUUGUCCUGUCCCCAGACACGCGUGGACGCAGGCUUGUGUUGAAGGCUCAACGCCUGUUGCUGCUCAGGAGGUUGACGGACGACAGCGAGGAGCCAUACAGCAGCGACUCGGACGACGAGAAUGGCCCGCGGCCCUCCGCCGCUGCCACGACGAGUGAGGAAGUCAAGAUGGACGUUGACCAGGCGGCCGAACUGGACGCCACAGUUGCCAUGGACACAACGAGUCCGUGGGAGAACGCUGCAACAUCGAAUGUCGAUUCCGGGUGGGCAACGUUUGACAACUUUGCCAACUUCGAGGCUGCUGCUGCUGCUGCGGACACGACGACUCCAGCCAUGCCAGUUGCCAUGGAAACCUCGGAGCAGGUGCCAUCGCCACCUACAGUUGAAGCCCCCGCAGUUCCAUUGCCGCAGCCCUCAAAUGAGCCAGACUCGACGAAAUGCCCCAAAGCAGCUUCGACGUUGGCGCCAGCUAUCGGCAGCCACUGCGAGCCAAGCGCCACAGAGCAAAAGCCCACUGUAGAGUCGACAGUCGGGGACGUCCCCAAGGUCGAGUGCUCCGAUAGCAGUGCGCCAAAGGCCUCUACUUCCGGUUCGGGUGUCAACUGCGUCGAGCUCAACUCUGCGGAGGUCAGCUCUUCGGCAGACACAAGCAUUCAAGGGAACCGCUUGCCAGAGCCCGUAGAUGGGCCUGCAGACUCAACACCUGCCAUCGUAGACGUCAGUGCCACAUGUAAGCCAGUUUCCACGUCUACAUGUGCCAACGGUCCCCUGCCCUCUGUCGAGCCACCAAAGACCACCAGUGCCACACAGAUAUCAACGCAAAGGCUAGAAGACGCAAGCAAGGCCAAUGGUAGCGGUGCGAGCGCCGACGAGGUCACUGCGACCACAACAGCAGCGCAGCCAACGCCAGGCACAGCUGACGGCACUGACCCCUCUGCUCCGACUACAACCAUGAUGCCAUUACCAACACCAUCGACGGUGCAGCCUCAGGCGCCGACUCAGCCCCAAGUGCAGAAUGGACCUCUGUGAAACAUUUAGGAAGUCUUAUUGCUGCAUCCACAAAAAGUUGUCCUCUUCUCCUUUUGUUAAAGUUUUUUUUAAAGCCUUUUUCCUCCGGUUGUAAGUUGGGAAAACCAAGACAAGGACUUAUGCCGUGCGCCGGAGUGAGAAAGGAUGGUGUCAUGUUUGGGACUUGUCGUUGCAGACGACACAUUGCGUGUUUUGUAAUUUUCUUUUCUUGCUUCCGAUCAUCCCUUGUGCACGACUGAAGAGAUUAUUGUUUUUGUCUUCUCUUACUCUUGAAUAUACGUUGCUUUCAUUUCCUUUCUCUCCCUACA